UCUGACAGUACUUGAACUAAAGGCUAGCAAAGUGAUGCUGCUUGCAUUUAAGGAAUACGGGACACUUUAUAUUCAGGAAUACAGGAAAAACAGCAAAGUGGAAUCGAAUACAUGCAGCAGCUUCAUGGGCUUGAAGGAUCAUCUGGGGCAUGACCUAGGCCAUCUUUAUGUGGAGCGCACUGACACACAAAUAAAUGCAGUUGGAUCUUGGUCAAUGGUGGAGAAACCAACAAUGGAUAAAGUUAACUCUAGGAAGGAAGAUGCAGAUAAGGAGGCAUCUGAGGAGACUGGAAGUUCCAGUUGUGAUUCAGAAGAGAGCACAAAUUCUGAUAACGAGUCAGAGAGACUGAAUAACAUUACAGCAGAAUCACAUCAUCUACCUAAGAUUCACCGACAACUGUGCAGGUCUCCCUGCUUACAGCCUCAUGUACUAAAACGGAACGAAAUCUUACAAGACCUUAAGAUAGAGGAGGCACAGAUAGGAUCUAAGGAAGUAAAGAAGCCCCCUGAUGUGGUGAAGGAAUAUCAAACCAAACUGGAGUUUGCACUUAAGUUAGGUUACUCUGAAGAACAGGUUCAACUUGUGCUAAAUAAGCUUGGCACUGAUGCUUUAAUCAACGAUAUUUUGGGAGAACUUGUCAAACUUGGAAAUAAAACUGAGACUGACCAGCCUGUAAAUAAUGUUAACACUAACAUAAUGCGUGAAGCAUCUUCCAUAGAGUCUCAGAGGUCUGAGUCUCCACUUCAGGAGGAUGUGACUGAAGAUGGAGAUAACCUGAGGCCAAUAGUUAUUGAUGGCAGCAAUGUGGCAAUGAGCCAUGGGAACAAAGAAGUAUUUUCUUGUAGAGGAAUAAAAUUGGCAGUAGACUGGUUUUUGGAAAGACGCCACAAAGAUGUUACAGUGUUUGUGCCAGCAUGGAGAAAAGAACAGUCAAGACCUGACGCUCUUAUCACAGAUCAAGAAAUCCUGCGCAAGUUAGAAAAAGAGAAAAUUCUGGUGUUUACACCAUCCCGUCGUGUGCAGGGGAGAAGGGUGGUAUGCUAUGAUGACAGAUUCAUAGUGAAGCUGGCCUUUGAGUCAGAUGGUAUCAUUGUGUCUAAUGAUAACUACAGGGAUCUAGCUAAUGAAAAGCCAGAAUGGAAGAAGUUCAUAGAUGAGCGAUUGUUGAUGUAUUCAUUUGUCAAUGACAAGUUCAUGCCUCCUGAUGAUCCUCUUGGCCGUCAUGGCCCAAGCCUUGACAAUUUUCUAAGGAAGAAACCUAUUGUACCGGAACAUAAGAAGCAACCAUGUCCAUAUGGAAAGAAAUGUACCUAUGGACACAAAUGCAAAUACUACCACCCAGAAAGAGGAAAUCAACCUCAGCGGUCUGUCGCUGAUGAACUUCGAGCCAUGUCUAGAAGCACAGCUGCCAAAGCUGCAAGUGAAGGAGGAUUGGUAAAAAGCAACAGUGUUCCUUGUAGCACUAAGAUUGAUGGCACUUCUGAUCUCAAACGUGCUGCUCCAAAGAGGCAAUCAGAUCCUAGUAUAAGGACUCAAGUCUACCAAGACUUGGAGGAAAAGCUUCCCACCAAAAACAAAUUGGAAACCAGGUCUGUUCCUUCUUUAGUGAGUUUACCGAAUUCUUCAGUUGUAAAACCCCAAAGUACUGCACCUUUAAGCAAUGGCCUUCCAUCCGGGGUUCAUUUCCCACCUCAGGAUCAAAGACCACAGGGACAAUAUCCUCCAAUGAUGAUGGCAACCAAAAAUCAUGGAACGCCAAUGCCUUAUGAGCAGUACCCAAAAUGUGAGUCUCCGGUGGAUGUAGGCUACUACUCUAUGCUGAACGCUUAUUCAAAUCUAAGUAUCUCUGGUCCACGCAGUCCUGAAAGGCGUUUCUCCUUAGACACCGAUUAUAGGAUUAGCUCUGUAGCUUCUGAUUGUAGCAGUGAAGGUAGUAUGAGCUGUGGUAGUAGCGAUUCCUAUGUGGGUUACAAUGAUCGGUCUUAUAUGAGUUCACCUGACCCGCAAUUAGAAGAGAACUUAAAAUGCCAACAUGUGCACCCACAUAGCCGCCUUAAUUCACAGUCCUUCCUGCAAAGUUACCAUGAUCCUUUAACAAGAGUGCAAAGUUACAGUCAUGAAGAACCAAAGCAUCAUCACAAACCACCUACUCCAUACAUGUCUGUACAUCUACAGCAUCCUACAGUUGGUGCUCGUUCUAGUUGCCCUAAUGACUACUCUGCUCUUCAAAGUUUGCAACAUUCAAAGACCAUGCAUCUGGGAAGGGCCCUUGUAUCCACAAGAAUAGAUAGCAUUUCAGACUCACGUUUAUAUGAUAAUUCUCCGUUAAGACAAAGAAAGCCUUAUUCCAGCCAAGAUGGGCUUGGAAGUUGGGAUAGGCAGAGUUAUGGGAUUGAUGCAUACGGCUAUCGUCAGACUUACUCCUUGCCUAGUAACCCCACUCAGCCAUGUUACGAGCAGUUCGCCUUCCAAAGUUUACCUGAGCAGCAAGACCAGACUUGGUGCAUACCUUACUGUGGAAUCCCUCAAGAUCCUCCAAGGUAUCAAGACACACGGGAGAAGGUUUAUAUAAACUUAUGCAACAUCUUCCCUCCUGAUCUUGUGAGAAUUGUUAUGAAAAGGAAUCCUCACAUGACAGAUGCUCAGCAACUUGCUGCAGCCAUUUUAGUGGAAAAAUCCCAGCUAGGUUAUUGAAAGAUGAUGCAUCUUUGUGGUGUCUAGUAGUUUUCAGUUCAGCUCUAAUGCUGAGGGAGGUUUGCUACAAUAGCAUAUGUGAUCUCCUUCUCAGCAAGGAGGUUAUACAGUAAUCCAUUUAUGUGAAAAUACAGUAUCAUGGAAUCUGUAUGUAUAGCCCCAUGCAUUGAAAGUAACAGGUUUGUUUUACAUUCUAACUUGAAAUUUUUAAAUGGUUUUAAGCUAUGUUCAUGACUGAAAUCUUUCCAGUCUAAGUUUAAUAUAUGUGUGUAUAUGUUAUCUGUGGUCUCCAGUAAUAAUCUUUGGUGCAUCAGGGGUUUAUAUGCAGCACUUUCUACCUUUUUGUUACAUGUUUUAUUAACUUACUGGAUGUUUGUCCUUCAGCUGCAAGGCAUUAAAAGAAUCUGCAGAAAAUUGAAAGAAUUUUAAUAGACCUGGCAAACAAUUUUCAAGCCAAGCUUAAUUUGAACUUCAAACAGCAAUUAAUUUAUUAUUAUUUAUUUAUUUUGUGGGCUUCUUUGUGCUAUAAUCAUUUAUUUAUAGAAAACAAAGAUUUACUAUGGCACUGACUUUAUUUUUUAAAUAAAAUAUUAAGUUACCAGUUAAAGUUGAAAUGGGUAACGAUAUAUUAGUAAUUUACAGUAUGGCACUUUUCAUUGCUCUUUUAAUAAUAGUUUUUAAUGAUUUGAUUCCGUUGAUUUAGUAAGAGCAGAUGCAAUCAAAAGUAAAGGAACUCAUUUUCAUUACUUUUUGGAUAAGGCAAAGCCUGGUGGUCUGAUUUGCAAAGAUUCUGAGCAUAUGCAACUUCCUUUGAAUCCAAUAAAAGCUGCAGCUGCUCAGAACUGCCUAAAAUCAGGCCAUGAAUGUUUCAGUUCAGAUGCAUUGUUAUCCAGCUCCUGUGCUUCUGGUCAGUAGAAAUGGAACUGAAAGUUUAGGAUUCCAUUAAAUUGUUUUAUAUUCAUCUUUUUUUUCUUUUUUAUUUGUGCACAGGUAUACUGGAUAAAAUAUGCUUUUUCAUAAAAUAUUACCUGUUUUUAAACAAAUCUAAGUAUUCUCAAUGCAAGUUUUGUAUUUAAGAUACUGUUCAAUUUUCUUGCUAUUUAUUAAGGCUGGCCUGAGAUGGUUUUGUGUGUUGAGGAUAUGCAACAUUUAUUAACUGCACUAUGGUAAUUGUAUUGUAGCUGAAAAUGAUAACUUAAACCUUUUUGUAAGAUACUGUAUAUGUUCUAGAAGUUAGGUUUUGGCCCGUUGUAUUAUGUAGGCCUAAUUCUUGCCACAAAUAGUAUAGCUGUAGAAACAGAUUAAAAUAGUCUGUUCUAGUAUUAGUAAGGGAUAUUUCUGGUUUUAAGUCAUGGGUUUUACUGUUGCUUCAAACUUUUUUUAUACAGGGUUUGCAAUCAUUGACAGAGGGUUGUAUUUACAUGAUGUAGUCAGUUGCCUAUAGUUUUAGGAUUCCAUAUAGAUAACAUCGUUCAGUGUUGUUAAUUCACUGGGUUACAAUAUAAUUGAUGAUAAUUUUGAUACAGUUGCUGCAAUUUAAAGUAAGGCCCUGAAGAACCAGAAAGUACCUAUACUGUUGAUACAAAUUGUAUCUUUUUAACUGAAAACUCUUUUGAUUUGUAGAUCUAGUUAAAACACAAAUGUGUAACUAUAAUUAGACUUUUGGGCAACAUUUUAUCCCUUAUUUAAAAUAAUAGAUUUCAAUCUAGAAUAGAGUUAGACAAAUAAAACUACAGUAAUUUAUUUAGAGAAGUGUCUGUCUCAAUUUUAUAUUUUUAUAAUUCUGUUUUUAAAAAAGCUAUUGGCAUUUUCUUCCUUCUAAAACAUACCUAAUGUGAACUUACUAAAAUAAAGAUAAAAUGCUGCCUGAAAAUUAAUGUCCAAGCACCUUUUGAAUAGGAAAACAUUUUCACUACUUGUGUGACACUGUGUGUUGCAAAAGUAGGAUUAGGGUAUACAGUAAAUGCUUCUAAAAAGCAUUGAGCUUAUAGACGUAUUCAAUAAUCUGAACCAUGUUCAGCAAACUUAAUUCAGGAAGUGUUCUUCUCUACAGCUUUUACGGUUGAUUUUUUGAGGUGGGAUCUGCAUUCAUCUGUCCUUUGUAACACAAUACAGGUGGUGCUGUACAUAAGCUAUCCUGAGUUGUUUAGGGGGAAAACCUGUUCACCUGUGACAAUAUUUUUUCCCUUGAUUUUGUUGGUCACUAUCUGUAGAACAUGUUUUAAUGUAGAGGUUAGUAAAGUGCGACUCUGAGGUUAUAAACAGUA